CCACCUCAAACCCUAUCACACUAAUCACUCACUCUUCACUCAAAACUCUUCUCUUUCAUUUUCAUAAUUCCCACACAUUAUGGCUGAGCUUCACUACCAACCACAACACCAAUACCCCCUCCGCUACCCUAACGAUCCACACCAACAAACCCGUUCCUCCACCCACCAGGUCGUCAAGGCCGCCACCGCCGUCACAGCGGGCGGCUCCCUCUUGAUCCUCGCCUCGUUGAUCCUCGCCGCCACCGUCAUUGCCCUCACCAUCGUCACCCCGCUGUUCGUCAUUUUCAGUCCGGUUCUCGUCCCCGCCGUAAUCACCGUUGCGCUCCUGAGCCUGGGGUUCCUCGCCUCGAGUGGGUUCGGUGUGGCGGCGAUCACGGUGCUGGCGUGGAUCUACAGGUACGUCACCGGCAAGCAACCACCUGGCGCGGAUCAGUUAGACAGCGCGCGUCACAAGAUCAUGGACAAGGCGCGUGAGAUCAAGGACUACGGACAGCAACAAAUCAGCGGGGUCCAGGCUUCUUAAUUCUGCACUCGCACGCACAUGAUCGUAUCCAUCUCGUGGAAUAUUUCUCUCUUUGUCUAGUUAGUUUAUAUUUACCAUUUAUGAAUGAAUGAAUGCAUGAUUGAGCGUUAAAGUUGAAUUUGAAUCUCUCUUUUCUUUGUAUUUUCGUUUAUUGUGGGUGUUCGCUCAUCAUCACUUGUUGUAAUGUCUUAAUUUUGUGUGCAUGCUGCGACUAUUCAAGGACGAUCCAUUUGUGUUUUUAUUCUACUCUUAUUUAUUUAUUUAUUUCCUUUUUUUA